GAUUUCCUUAUGAAUGAACAAAUAAUAAAGAAAAAUCCAUAUCUGUCUCAAGUGGCAAGAGAAUAUUGUUGAGCAAAAGGGGAAUUUCUUUCUCCUUACCAAUCCUCAGCUUUUCUGUGGGCCUCCAACAAGAAUAGAGAAGUUAUUGCGUGUAAACGUGACAAUCUCUUAUUCACCCCUUGUGGAUAUGUUCUUUCCAAAUGUAAAUGCAUUUCCACAAUAAAAGCAUACAUUUUUUAUUUUUAUUUCGGAAAAGGGCUAAAAAUACCUUUGUUGUAUCACAAAUGGUUUAGUAUCGAGCUUCGUCGACCUAUUUAUUGGAAAAUAUAUUUAACAUUAUCUUCGGACCUAAUAUUACCCCCGCAACUAACGGAGUCAUCUGUGGUCCCCAUUUAAUGCAUUGUCACGAUUUCAUUGUGUCACGUGGCUAUAUGGCCCAAUCACUUACAACCCGCCCCAAAUAUCCACCUGCCCCAUUUUUCGGGCCGACCCAUAGUAAAACAAACAUAUUUCACCUAUAUUUCUUCAAUUACCCCGUCUUCUUCACCAAAUCCAGCUUUGUUCCACCUUUGAUUUACGCCUUCAUGGGUAGCUCGAGAGAUAUAGCGAUAGGACCUGUUGCUGUUGUAUCACUAUUGCUGGGGUUUCUGCUUAGCAAUGAAAUUGAUCCAACUACAAAUCCAAAUGAAUACAGGAGACUUGCAUUUACAGCUACUUUUUUCGCUGGCAUUAUCCAAGCUACUCUUGGAAUCUUAAGAUUGGGAUUUUUAAUCGACUUCCUAUCUCAUGCUGCUGUUGUUGGUUUCAACUUUCAUGGGUGGUGCGGCCAUUACAAUUGCCCUCCAGCAACUUAAAGGUUUUCUUGGCAUCAAAAAGUUUACUAAGUAAACUGAUAUCAUUUCUGUGAUGAAAACAGUAAAAUGGGUUGAUCCGAAAAAUGGGGCGGGUGGAUAUUUGGGACGAGUUGUAAGUGAUUGGGGCCAUAUGGCCACGUGGUGCAAUGAAAUCGUGACAACCCAUUAAAUGGGGGAUCACAGAUGGCUCCGCUAGUCACGGGAUAAUAUCAGGUCCGAAGAUAACGUUGAGUGUAUUUUCGGACAAAUAGGUGGACGGAGCUCUAUACUAAACCAUUUGUGA